AUGCAUACCAGUUCCUUGACCUUGCUCGCUGUCGCAUCGCUUGCUUCGGCGAGUUAUGCCCCGGCAUUCGUCUCGUGCCCCACCGCCAAUGUGCUGAGGCAGGCAGGUGUCGCCGGGCCCUCACGUGAGUGAUCGUCGACCGUGCGUCGACCGUCGGCGUGGGCGCACGGUCACAUUUUCCCGGCUCGCGGAGCUGAUCGACGCCCGUGCUUAACAUCUCAUUCCAAAGACACGGGCAACCAAAGUCUCAAUACGGACGAAACCGCUUACGUCCAAGCGCGUAAAGGUCAAGUCGUGUCCGAACUCGCCUGUGAGUGCGCACCACUGCAUCCCCCCACGCGCAAGAAGCUGACCGCUGCUGCCGUGAGACAGCUUGGCUAGGAGACAGGGCCAGUACCGUCUACAGUGGGUCGCUCAGCACUUCGACCAACGCUACUGUUCCUACCAUCGCCAUCGCUUUGUCGGGCGGUGGAGAUCGUGCAGCUUUGUAAGUAUCCUGCCAACUUAUUUUUGGAGCGGGCGUCGGAGAGCUCUCGGGCCGAUCACCAACCGGUGCCCCACACCACGCUCUCCGCCUACAAAGCGUCAGCACAGCCUUUGCUGACCUCAACCGAUCACAUCCUACUUCGUCUUUGCCUUCCGUCACAGGUACGGUGCCGGUGUGCUCGCUGCUCUUGAUGGUCGAAAUGCUCAGUCCAAGACCGUUGGUACGGGCGGGUAUCUCCAGUCGUCCUCGUACGUCUCGGCGCUCUCCGGCGGCUCGUGGCUCCUGACCUCGUGGGCGCUUAACGACAUGCCCGAUGCGUUCGACAUGGUCCUCGGCAAGAACGGCACUGAACUCGGAUGGAACCUCGAGUUCGAUCUCUUUAACCCCUCGUCCAACUCGACCAUCACGAAUGCAUACAUCGCGUCCCUUUUCGCGGACGCAGGCGAGAAGAGGGCAGCAGGCUUCCCUGUCACCAUUGCGGACAUCUGGGCCCUUUCGGUACGUCCUUAAGGUCUUUAGAGUUCCCUUUCGACACUCUCAAAUAUGCUUACCGUUUCUGCUAUCAUUUUGGCUCUCCUACUUUGGUAGCUCUCCUACCACUUCGUACCCGGCACGAACGCGACCAACUUUUUCACCAACUCGACCGAACGCCGAACCUCGUACCGCUGGUCCAACGUCACGUCGGUCUCUUCCUACGUCAACAACACGAUGCCAUUCCCCAUCAUAGUCGCCACGGUAGUGUCGAAGAACGCAACCGAGAAGCCCUUGGCGGGCGAGGCUGUCCCUCUGCAAUCGGUCGUCUACGAAAUUUCCCCCCUCGAGAUUGGCAGCUUUGAUCCCGAUCUCGCGAGGUGCGUUGGCUCCUACGGCUUCCAGAAUGCUCCUUAAAUGCCACAAAUAAUUUAUUCUUGUUUAUCCGUAAUCCAUCAACAGCUUCAUUCCCACCGAGCUGAUGGGCACGGCCGCCGUCUCCGGUACGCCGGCGGGAGGGUCCAACAAUCAAAGCUGCGUCAACAACUUUGACUUGGCCUGCUACGUCACGGGUAUCUCGUCCAACAUCUUCCACGCCUACAACGUCUCGAACGCCACGGCGUGGACGGCGUCCGUCUCGCCCAUUUACCAACUCGUGCAAGGCAUCAACUCGACCUUCGGGGCGGGCCAACAAGACGUCGCUCUGGACGUUGCUGCGGUCCCCAACCCUUUCCAGGGUGUCAGUGUGGCGACGUUCGAGGAUGCCCGUCAGACGCUCCUCAGUCUCAUCGAUGGUGGUUUGGCCGGUGAGGUCGACCCGAUCGCUCCGUUGGCGGCGCCCGCUCGUCAAAUCGACUGUAUCGUCGUCGCCGACGCGACUGCGGAUUCGAACCAAAGCAUGCCCACCGGCGCUUCUAUGGUCGCGACCGAGACCCGAUCGAUGCUCUUGGCCAACGGUUCGAUCGCCUUACCCCCUCUGCCCAACUCGGCGCAAACGUUCAUCAGCCAAGGCCUCAACACGCGCCCGACCUUCUUCGGUUGUGGGCUUGCGCCGGCCAACUUUACGACCGCGAACGCCUCGAUCGCUUCGGACUACCCUUUGAUCGUUUACUUGCCCAACUACGACCCGACUGGUGUGACCAACACCUCGACCGGUCAAAUCCAAUACAACGUCUCCCAACAAGUCGCAUUCCUCAACACGGCGUACGGCAUCGCCACGCAAGGCAACUCGACCGAGUGGGGAACCUGCUUGCAAUGCGCCGGUGUUGAACGCCUGCGCGCUCGUCAAGGUUUAAACAGGACUUCGACCUGCGAGGCUUGCUUCGUCAAGUACUGUUGGAACGGGACCGAGGCCGCGACCAACUCGACCUCGGGUGGUAAUUCCGCCGGUGGUUCGGGAGGGGCUGCGAACGGCACGACCGGUUCAGGCGGAACGACCCCUAAGAGUGGCGCGAUGGCGUCGUUCCAGAACGCUCCUGGAGUCGCGGCUCUCGUCGCUGUCGGCUUGGCCGCGUUGGUCUUCUAA